GUCAGUGCUCGCAGAAUAAGUAGUACAAUAAAGGUGGUUUCUACUGCUUUAAAACUACCCACGAACGUGAACGAAUCCGCCGGUUUAAUAUCUCCACCUGCGCGAGAUCCACAUGAUGAGAAAAUUAUAUUAUGAAUAAAAAUGGAUCAUUUAUAAUAUCCGGAGUUUUAAUGAACUAUAUAGUAAGUCGAAGUAUUCUUUAAAGACGAAUCGGAAUGCUUCGGAAAGAGACCUCCGGGUCAUACCACGAAUUCAAUGAGGAGGAAGAACUUCAAACCCCAGACUUCUACCAAGACAAUGACAGUGCCAACGGUGGCCCGGAGGAGCCAGAAGAAUCCAUUGCCAGUGUUCUACCAGAGGAGGACAUGGUGAACAGCAAUCCGUUUACACUGUUCAACAAGGCCUGUCUGAAGAACGUGUUCACUGUCCUGCUGCUGUUCAUCUACCUGGUGCUGACUGCUGUGGCUGUGUUCCUGGCCUAUCAAACCAUCACUGACUUCCUGGAGAAGCUCAGUCACCCUGUCAUGUCUGUCACAUACAAGGAGGUGGAUGCCUUCUCUCCUCCAGGCAUCGCCCUGUACCCUGGUUCGGCUCAGCUACUGAGCUGUAAACACCACUACCACGCCCAUAUCCCCCCACUGGUCACCCCAGGGAAGCCCCAGCCAGGAGAUUGUGUCAUGGAGGAAGUGACCUACACUGGCCCCUACACCAACCACACUGUGAAGCAAGCCUUGGUGGUCAGCGGUCCAACAGAUGUCAGAAACAGAGAGUUGAUCUUCCUGCAGUUCAGUCAGAACGAGACAGAAGAGGAUUUUAGUGCCAUCACAUACAUGCUCUUCGACAAAUACAACGACCUGUCCGGGAGCGUGGAUAAAUCAGGGUUCAUGCAGGACUGUGAGAGGAACUACUCCAUGGCGACGUUCUCUGGAGGCUUCAGGACCUGGGUCAAGAUGUCACUGGUCAGGACCUCUAGGAAGAAAAACGAGUCCAUGGAGUUCCGGCAAGAGUCUAGUGUGGUCAAAUAUAAUGACAAGAGGCCUGUGUCAGAGCAAAAAGCCAUUCAGGUUUUCUUUGUUGUGUUUGAAUGGAGGGAUCCCUUUGUACAAGAAGUCAGAGAUAUUGUGACGGCCAAUCCGUGGAAUACCGUAGCCAUCCUGUGUGGUGUGUUCAUGGCUCUGUUCAAGGCGGCUAACUUUGCCAGUUUUAGUGUGAAAUGGGUCAUCAAGAUUCGUAAGAGGCAUCUGAGGAACAGAAACAGGGAACUGACCACAUCGUCUCAGAGAUACGUAGUAACUAAUACGGACAUUAAUAGAAUUGAAGAAUAACUUUCAUUUUUCCCCCCCAUGAACGAACUUCUUUCAAUCAAUCAAUGAGGCACCUGCUUUGAACUGUAAAUACUGGUUAUGGGCAGCGUUUUUAUUUAAAAAUGUUGUUUUGGGAUCAUCAUAUCACAUUUUGUAUGUUUUAAGUAUAGAUGAGAUUGUAACGUAUCUGAUUUUAGACAACUCAACUAAAGGUCAAAUUCACAAUGAUUUUUAUUCCUUUAUACUACAUACGUCAUUUUUAGCGUUACAAAAUGUGACUGUGAAAAUAGGAUUGUAAAAUGUAUUUAUGAAUGUUAUGAAACUGGUUUAUACCAUGAACUACUGACAUGAACUACUGACAUCAACUACUGACAUCAACUACUGACAUGAACAACUGACAUCAACUACUGACAUCAACUACUGACAUCAACUACUGACAUGAACUACUGACAUGAACUACUGACAUGAACUACUGACAUGAACUACUGACAUGAACUACUGACAUGAACUACUGACAUGAACUACUGACAUCAACUACUGACAUCAACUACUGACAUGAACUACUGACAUGAACUACUGACAUGAACUACUGACAUGAACUACUGACAUGAACUACUGACAUGAACUACUGACAUGAACUACUGACAUCAACUACUGACAUCAACUACUGACAUCAACUACUGACAUCAACUACUGACAUCAACUACUGAUAUGAACUACUGACAUCAACUACUGACAUCAACUACUGACAUCAACUACUGACAUCAACUACUGAUAUGAACUACUGACAUCAACUACUGACAUCAACUACUGACAUCAACUACUGACAUGAACAACUGACAUCAACUACUGACAUCAACUACUGACAUGAACUACUGACAUGAACUACUGACAUCAACUACUGACAUGAACUACUGACAUGAACUACUGACAUCAACUACUGACAUGAACUACUGACAUCAACUACUGACAUGAACUACUGACAUCAACUACUGACAUGAACUACUGACAUGAACUACUGACAUGAACUACUGACAUGAACUACUGACAUGAACUACUGACAUGAACUACUGACAUGAACUACUGACAUCAACUACUGACAUCAACUACUGACAUCAACUACUGACAUCAACUACUGACAUCAACUACUGAUAUGAACUACUGACAUCAACUACUGACAUCAACUACUGACAUCAACUACUGACAUGUAAGCCAAAGGGAACUCCCUCAGUUUACCUUCCAUAACAUUCUUAAAUCUGAGUUUCAAUUGAGCAGUGAGAUGUUUUAAAAGGUGGUUUUUUUUUUGAAUAACUUAAAUUCUUAAGUAUCAUAUCACCUCUAAAUUACUGGAUAUUUUAUGUAUAUACUGUAUAUAAAAAAAACAAACAAUGAGUAAUACUUACCAAAUGUGGACUAUGAUGCAAUUGCUUAUUUGUUUGUUUUUCCGUUGUUUGUUUCCUUUUUUUUUAUACAAAGAAUGGGUGAAUCUAGAACAAAGGAGUCAAUCUCACUGGAUGACUCAUACGACUGAACGACUGACUCAUACGACUGAACGACUGACUCAUACGACUGAACGACUGACUCAUACGACUGAACGACUGACUCAUACGACUGAACGACUGACUCAUACGACUGAACGACUGACUCAUACGACUGAACGACUGACUCAUACGACUGAACGACUGACUCAUACGACUGAACGACUGACUCAUACGACUGAACGACUGACUCAUACGACUGAACGACUGACUCAUACGACUGAACGACUGACUCAUACGACUGAACGACUGACUCAUACGACUGAACGACUGACUCAUACGACUGAACGACUGACUCAUACGACUGAACGACUGACUCAUACGACUGAACGACUGACUCAUACGACUGAACGACUGACUCAUACGACUGAACGACUGACUCAUACGACUGAACGACUGACUCAUACGACUGAACGACUGACUCAUACGACUGAACGACUGACUCAUACGACUGAACGACUGACUCAUACGACUGAACAACGGACUCAUACGCCUGAACAACUGACUGUUACUGAACCCAGAGUAAUAGUCUAUUACUGUUUUCUUUGCGUCUACACACUAGGCAAAUAUUUACGAAUACCACCUCAUCCUGCCUGUGGGCUUUCUACUUUAUUUACACAUCUUGGAAAAACUGGACUGAUCAACAAGCACCUGGGAUUUACUUGAAAUUGUGUAGAGCUUUUAUUGUGGAAUAAAACCAUUUGCUGUGCAAA